AUGUCGAGCAAGAAGAAGGACGAAGGCAAAAAGGAGGCCGUGGCGGCCAACCCGGACGAGUUUGACUCGGAGGAGCUGCUGGCGGCCGAGCUGCGGGAGCGCAACCGCAAGGCGGAGGAGGCGCGCAAGCGUGACAUGCUCAAGCGGAAGGAAGCAGCCGGUCGGGCCAAGCAAGACUUCUCCUGUGCUGUCUGCUGGGGCUGCUCAGAUCCCAAUGCAAAAUUGGAGGAAGAGCGCCGCCGCGAGCGCCGCCGCCGCCGUCGCGCCGCCGCCCGCGCCUCAGGCAAGCCCAUCCAUGCUCGUGUCAUGGCCUCGUACGACGACUCGUCCGACGAGUACAGCUACACACUCUCCGAGUCGUCUGAGCUGCAGGAGCUCGACUGUUGCACAGCAGUGGCAGAGAACCUACGAGGCCCAGGAGCGAGCCAAGGCUGCUCGCAAGCGCGCGCGCCGCCGCCGCCUUGCUACUCCGACCUAUGA